AGCAUUGCAGCGGCGUUGGGAAGACAGGAUAGGUUAGGAAACACUUUACGAGGAGGAUGGGAUUUGAGUUGAUGGCGCAGCAACUAAAGAUUUGACAAACGUCUGGCGCAUACCACAAUUCCGGCGAGGCAAACUUGGCAACAACAGACUAGAUGUUUAAGGGCAUGUCAACAACGGAGCAAGAGAAGGGAAGAUACCCAGGCAAUAUUUCAAGGCGCGCGUUCUCAUUGGUCUUUCCCCUAAUCCUUUCCUUUGUACUACACAACCGGUAUCCUUUUUUUGAUUUUUCUAUAUCAUGCGUUAGCUUUCCUUCUAUAACCAUUUAUCCUUACCUUUCUUUGCGAUAUUUCGCGCUUUUUACUUUAUGUUCGGAUGAAUUGGGGAGGGCUUUUUUUUCAACACCCAAUAUGGCACAUGGUGCCACAGCAUACUUUCAUGUUUCUUUACGAAACUUCAAUUCUGUAAUACCCCGUUACUAUAUUUAGUCCUUCCAGACAGUUGCAGAGUUUACGGCC